ACGGCAGGAAACCGGAUCCGGCAAAGACCGACAAGAUAUCACAGUGACCGACACCACUGCGCACGAUGACGGAGGUAAGGGCAUUCCUAGGCGUAGUCGGCUUUUGGAGGAUCUUCAUUAAGAACUUUGCCAAGAUUGCUGAGCCUAUCCGGGCUAUGAUCAGGGAAGAAGGAACCAUGGACUGGACGGAGGAACGAGAAGGAGAUGUCCAAAAGCUCAAGGACAUAUUCACAUCUGAGACAGUCGCCCUGUCCGCGCCUUGUUUUAAUGACGAAGUAGGACGACCCUUCAUCCUAGAGACGGAUGGAGGACCUUUGGCCGUAGGAGGUGUGUUGAUUCAAAGGGAUGAGGGAGGAAAAGAGAAACCAAGUAGGUUUAAAAGUAGAACCCUGAACUCCGCAGAGCGGCGGUACUCACAGUUCAAGAAGGAGGACCUAGCCAUCUUGCAUUGUCUUAAGACUUUUCAGGCCUACCUAUUUGGGAGGCGGUUCAUCCUCAGGAUCGAUCCGACGAAUGUUGCAGGGGCCUUAAAGAAUUACAGGCCUAUAGAUCCGACGGUGGGGAGAUGGGUAGGGUUUAUCUGGCAGUUCGAUUAUAAGAUCGAACGGAUUGCGGGAAUUAGGAACAAGGCUGAUGGGCUGAGCCGGGCCGGCAUCACUCCCGAAGGGGUGGAGGAUGCAGAGCCCAUAGACGCAUUCCUCGAAUACGAAGGGGGAACUCUUGCGGUGGAUAACGAAAGGAUGAGCGAAGAAUACGUUGAGGAACUCAUGCGGUUCAUGGCUGACUUAGAGCCCGUCAUUCGCGACCUGAUUCGGGAGUACCGCGACGUCUUCCCCCCGUAUUUCUCAUACAGUGGGAUUCCCCCGAUGCGCGGUGUCGAGCAUUCCAUCCAACUCGUGCCUGACUAUCGUGUUCACCAUCAGGCACCAUACCGACUCUCGAUUCCAGAGGCGACGAAACUCAAGCGUCAGCUUAAGGAGCUCCUUCGACUUGGUUUCAUUAAACCUAGUAACUCCCCUUGGGGUGCACCUGUCCUCUUUGCUCGCAAAGCGGACGGAACUCUCCGCCUCUGCAUCGAUUAUCGCGGCCUUAACCGUUACACGGUUAAGAACAGCUAUCCCAUGCCCCGCGCGGAUGAGCUGUUUGACCGUCUGGCAGGCAACCGCUUCUUCACGAAGAUCGAUCUUCGUAGCGGUUACCACCAGAUCCGCGUUGCCGCAGAGGACCAGCCGAAGACCGCCUUUCGGUCGCGCCUCGGCCACUACGAGUUCACGGUGAUGCCAUUCGGCCUCACCAAUGCACCUGCCACCUUCCAGACGGUGAUGAAGGACAUCUUCAGGGACAUCCUUGAAGAAUACGUUCUCGUAUACCUAGACGACAUCCUGGUCUACAGUCGUACCUUAGAAGACCAUAUCAGACACCUCCGCGAUGUCCUACAAUGCUUACGCAAGCAUGGCUUCUAUACCAAGCUCAGUAAGUGCCGCUUUGCCCAGCGCAAAGUGGACUUCCUAGGACACCAUGAGUCUGACCAGGGUCUCCACAUGGACGACGCGAAGAUCACUGCUAUUGAAGAGUGGCCAGACCCCACAUCUGCCCAGCAACUUUGCAGCUUUCAAGGCCUCACCAGCUACUAUAGUAAUUUUAUCCAGGGAUACGCUAGGUAUUCCUACGUCCUUACCUCCACCCUCCUCCGGAAAAACCCGCCGUGGUUUUGGACACCCCUCUGCGAGGACGCCUUCCGUGGCCUCAAGAAGGAGGUGACUUGCGCGCCGGUUCUUCGCCUUCCCGAUUUUGAUCGUCCCUUUAUCGUCACCACCGAUGCGUCAGAUUUUGCAGUAGGAGUUGUCCUUUCUCAGGUGUUUGCCUCUCCUCCAGCUUCACCUUACCCCCAUGUUCCUCCUUUUCCCAUGGGACGGUCGAGGCUCGUGCUGGGGAUUGCCCAAUCACUUUCUUCUCCCGUCAGCUACUACCUGCCGAGAUAAACUACACUGCCGAUGAACGUGAGGUUCUCGCAGUAGUUUAUGCUACCCGGCAUUGGCGUCAUUAUCUGCAUGGGGCGACCUUCACGGUGCGCACGGACAACUCAGUUGUCCAGGCUUUCCUCACGAAGCCUAAGCUUUCCCCUCGACAAGCACGCUGGUGGCGUGACUUAUCCGAGUUCAGUUUCACCACUCAGCCCAUCAAGGGUGAAACGAACCGCGUCGCGGAUGCCUUGUCCCGCCGUCCUGAUCACAAUCAGGAACCCAUCCAUCUUGCUGCCAUCUCCAUCMCCAGUGUUGAUCAGUCGGUGAUCGACGCGUAUUGCACUCAGUACCGCCACUGCCCCGAUUAUCGCGUCAUCCACGCGA